CCUCCGGGCGGGCGCGGGGGACCGGCCUCCGCUAGGGAUGCUGCAGAGCGGGAGGGCGUCCUCGGCCGCCUCGGCCGCCCUCCCUACCCUGCAAAGAGGGUGUAGCUGCUUCGUUCCGAGAGGAGGUUAAGGAGGGAGGAGCUCUCGUCCUACGCAACGGCCUUCCUCCGCCUGCGUCAGGCUCUCCGCUCCGCCCGAGGAUGCGGCGGAGAGCCUUCCAUCCCUCUCCAUCCCCUUCUUCCCCUCCCCCUCCUGGGCCCGCGGAGGGGAGUCUGGCGCUCAGCCCGUGCGCUGCCCCUCUGUGGCCCGGGCCUCUGGGGCGCGACAGCGAGGCGAGGGUUCUUGGAUACCGGGGGGCCCGUUACGGGGCCAGGAAAGACCCUCCGAGGAGCUCCCCACCCCGUCCGGCCGCGCCCUUCUGGCUUCUGGGGACACGUGAGGGAGGCGUUGGGAAAGUCCAGGAGCCAGAGGGGCGGGAGUCCCGGGCGGCCGGGAGGGGAGCAGGCGGGAGUUGCCGGCGUGGACCUUGUCCGAAGCCCCUCCUCGGCUGACGGGGCAGAGGUAACUUCAAACUGAGAAGCAGAUGGCCAUCAACCAAGUGGGGGGCGGCAGACCAAACUGUGGCGGGUGAAUAUGGUGCGAUGCUUACCAUGCCCCAAGAAAUGACAAUAGGGACAGAUGGAGAAGUGGGGGAAGAGCCACAUGCACUGAUGGAGAACCAGAAAGCUGCGUCGGCCAUGGCCACAGGUGGAAGGAACUCGCGGUUCAGCUUGUCCCGAGGCGGAGCCAUGCUGGCUCCCGGGUUCUCCAGGGCUCUGGCGGCCCUGGCCCGGGGACGCCUCCGUUUCCCAAACGUUCCGGACGUCACGAGGGCUGGCCAGGUGCUGUCCGGUCUACACUCCGUGGGGGACGAGAAAACCCAGGAGCCCCAAGAAAAAAGGGCCCUCAACAAGGCCGUGUUGGUCACCGGCUGCGACUCGGGCUUCGGCCUCUCCAUCGCCAAACACCUGCACGCGAUGGGCUUCACCGUGUUUGCCGGCUGCCUCCUCAAGGAUAAGGGAGAAGCGGGCAGCCAAGAGCUGGACGCCAUGAAUUGCGACCGUAUGAAGACCAUCCAGCUGGACGUGUGCAAAAGUGCCGAGGUGAACAAGGCCAUAGAGACCAUCCAGGAGAACCUGAAGGAGCCCAGCAAAGGCCUGUGGGGGCUGGUGAACAACGCGGGCGUCUCUACCUUCGGCGAGGUGGAGUUCACCAGCCUGGAGACCUACAAGGAGGUGGCCGAGGUGAACCUGUGGGGAACCAUCCGGACCACCAAGGCUUCCCUCCCCCUGCUGCGGAAGGCCAAAGGCCGCGUCGUCAACAUCAGCAGCGUGCUGGGCAGGACGGCCAGCGCCGGGCGCUCCACCUACUGCGUCACCAAGUUCGGGGUGGAGGCCUUCUCCGACUGCCUGCGCUACGAGCUGUACCCGCUGGGCGUCCGGGUCAGCGUGGUGGAGCCCGGCAACUUCACCGUGGCCACCAGGCUCUACAAGCCCGAGCGCAUCCAGGCGGCGGCCAGGAAGAUGUGGGACAGCCUGCCCGAGGCCGUGCGCAGGGACUACGGCAAGCGGUACUUCCGCCAGCGGGUCAGCGACCUGGAGGCCUACUGCAAGAGCGGCUCCAUGGACACCAAGCCCGUCAUCGAGUCCGUGGGCCACGCGCUCACCUCCAAGACCCCGUACACGCGCUACCACCCCAUGGACUACUACUGGUGGCUGCGCAUGCAGAUCGUCACCCACGCCCCCGGGGCCUUAUCAGAUAUGAUCUACUCCCACUGAGCCCCAAUAAAGCCUGGGCCACCUGA